AUGGGCCGAGCACUUCAGAGGCGUCCCACCACCAUCUCCGAUGCCGCCAUCGCCCUUCUGCUUCAAGUGAAAACCAACGCUGACCUCGACCUCGCGCCAUCUCUACACGAAACUAUCAAGGUCGUACAACAGCUCUUAAGCGGGAAAGCGCCCGGAUCGGACGCGAUCCCUGCUGAGACCUACAAGCACGGUGGCCCUCUACUCGUGGAUCAUCUGACGGCGCUCUUCCAGGAGAUGUGGCGUUAAGGAGAAGUCUUGCAGAAUUUCAAGGACGCCGCAACCGCCCAUUUCUAUAAGCGGAAAGCCAACCGUCAGCUUUGUUACAACCACCGAGGUAUCUCCUUGCUGAACAUAGCUGGGGAAGAUUUUUGCUCACAUUCUUCUCAGACGCCUGAACCACCAUCUGAAACAAGGUCUCCUGUCGGAAACCCAGUGCGGCUUCCGCCGUCAUCGUGAGACCACCGACAAGAUCUUUGCCGCCCGUCAAUUGCAAGAGAAGUGCCAGGAGAUGCGGACCCAUCUGUACUCCACCUUCGUGGAUCUGACGAAAGCCUUCGACACGGUGAAUCGCGAAGGACUGAGGGAAAUCAUGCAGAAAUUCGGCUGUUCUGAACGAUUCACUCAGAUGGUGCGUCAGCUGCGCGACGGCAUGAUGGCGUGAGUCACGGAAAACGGAACUGUCUCAGAGGCAUUCGCUGAGACAAACGGAGUGAAACGGGGCUGCGUCCUCUCGCCUCAUGCCCUCCGCCAUGCUGAUGGACACCUACUGUGUCGAACGUCCUGAGAUUCUCAUCGUCCACAGGACGGACAGUCAAAUCUUCUACCUCUGGCGGAUGCACUUCCGGUCGAAUGUAUUCACAAUUCCCGUCCAUGAACUUCUCUUCGCAAACGACUGCGCUCUCAACACCACCUUGGAAGGGCACAUGCAAAGGAGCAUAUAUCUCUUCACCGCUGCUGGCGACAACUUCGGCUUGGUCAUCAACACGGAGAAAACGGUGGUUAUGCGUAAACUGCCACCCGAUGCUGCCGAGGUCACACCCCACAUCAACGUGAAGGAAAGUUAA